GUACGAGUGACCAGACAGCGAGAAUUGCCAGCUCGACUUGGUCUGGCCUGCCGCCACCAGCGCGUCACGACCGCUGCGUGCGGUGCUGAGACGCGCUAGCCACGUGGAAAGCAGCAGCCGUGCUGCGACAUCCUCACCGACCACAUUGCGUCUGUCUCCGUGAACGCGUCCCACCGGCCUGGUGCCAUCUACGAAGAGCCUAAGUACACUACUCCAGCUGUUUCUUGAUCCUCCCCACGUCCUUGUAACGACUCCGAACCUCUCAGACUGCGGACGACAUGUCGAAAGGGUGGUUUAACCUUGAUACCGUCGGCGGCACCAUCCCGGAGACGCAGUUCUUCGAGGGCGACUCCGCGUUCCACUUCCUGGGGCUCUCGAGGACACAACGGCUAUAUGGCUUUGGUGGCUGCCUGGCGGUCGGGUUCGUCCUGAGUCUUCUGGGUGCUAUAUUCCUGUUCUUUGCGGAUCUUGUGACCUUUGCUAUCCUGUAUGUGUUGGGUACAGUAGUGUCGCUCAUCGCCACAGGGUUCCUAUUAGGCUUCGCAAAACAGCUAAAACUCAUGUUCAAGCCCGUUCGCGUGAUCGCGACUAUAGUCUUCCUGCUCUCAAUAGUUCUCGUUCUCGUCGGGGCGUUCGUGAUUGGGAGUGAUGUCCUGUGUCUAAUCUUCGUGUUCAUCGAGUACCUCGCCUUCACAUGGUAUACGCUCUCCUACAUCCCCUACGCACGCACAGCCGUCCUGAAGGUGUUCGGGAUGUGAUCGGGUAUCGGGUAUCGGGCUCUCGCACACUACGUACUGUUAAUCACGCCUGCCGGGGAAGCACAUAUUUCGGUUCGAUGUCUGUACGAUGGAAAAGUACGCUUGCUGAUUGUAGGGUCUAUGGACGCUUCGUUUGGGCUGGAGUCUAUUUAUUAGGCGUCGCGUCUGGGAUCGUGCGCGACACGAGCGCUGCCAUUGGUCUU